ACCAAUCAUCUUUCGCCCAAGUUACAGUAGAGGUGUCAGAUUUAUAAGCGGCAUUUACUCAAUAUAAGUGAUAACUAUUUUAACAAUAUAAAACUUUCCACAAAAUGGCACGUAGAUAUGAUACACGUACUACGAUUUUCUCACCGGAGGGUAGACUUUAUCAAGUCGAAUAUGCUAUGGAAGCUAUCAGUCAUGCUGGUACCUGUCUAGGUAUAUUAGCAAACGAUGGUAUUCUAUUGGCAGCUGAGAAAAGAAACACCAAUAAGUUGUUGGACGAAGUAUUCUUCUCAGAAAAGAUCUACAAGUUGAAUGAUGAUAUAGUUUGCUCAGUGGCUGGCAUCACUUCAGAUGCUAAUGUCUUAACAAACGAAUUACGUCUCAUUGCGCAAAGAUAUCUUCUUCAGUAUGGCGAGGAUAUACCCUGUGAACAGCUUGUUUCAUGGUUAUGCGAUGUUAAACAGGCAUAUACCCAGUACGGUGGAAAAAGACCUUUUGGUGUGUCCAUUUUAUACAUGGGAUGGGACAAGCAUUACGGCUACCAGUUGUAUCAGUCAGAUCCAAGUGGAAAUUAUGGUGGUUGGAAGGCAACGUGUAUUGGGAAUAAUUCAGCAGCAGCUGUGUCGUCUCUGAAGCAGGAAUAUAAAGAGGGUGAGACCACUUUGAAAGACGCGAUGGCGCUCGCCAUCAAAGUGCUCUCUAAAACGUUGGAUAUGAACAAGCUCUCUGCUGAGAAGGUGGAAAUGGCAAUGUUAACACGUGAGAAUGGCAAAACAAAAACAAGAAUACUAACAGCGACUGAAGUCAAUGCCUUAAUCGCGGAACAUGAUCGGCUAGAAGCACUGGCAGAGCAAGCAAAGAAAGAAAAGCAGAAGGCGUAGAAUGUUAUAUUAGAUAAGGAUAAAUCAAGAAAUAUGCCGUGACAAAGUUUACUAUAUCAAGAAGAAAAUGAUUUCACAAUUAAAAUCUUUUAUAUUGUGUACUAUAAAUUAUUUCCUUGCCGCAAUGUUAAUUCUUACUAAUAUUAGCAUUAUCAUAAUUACUAUUAUUAUAAGACAACAAUUCCAAGGAAUUAAAAAAUUUUCCACAAAUAUGUACUGCAUAUUGUGCAUUUUUCUCUUUGCAGUUUUCCUUAGUUUCAUUUUGCAUCAAUACAAAAUAACUUUACACAA